UUACUAGAUGGAAACUUUCUCUUGCCUGCUUGGAACCUGUCUGAGCUGCUUUCUCAGCUUUUUCCUGGCUUCUUUUUUGAUUGGCUUCUACUUAUUAGGGCCAAGAUUUUUGAUAGUAUUUAGCCAUUGCUGCCUUCAGCAUUGUAACAUCUAACUGAUUUAGGAGCCUAACUCUUAUUUUUGAAAGGAUUUAGGCACUUAUGAGUCAAUAUUCCGUUCAUGCCUAAAUUCCUUUUAAAAUUCUAAAACCUUAGCUCUUCAUUUGACCCUUCCCGCAUUGCCUGAUUUCUGCACCUUGCUGAGAUAUCUUGUAUUAAUAUCUACUUUGGCCCUCUAAACCUAUUAGGGAUUCCCAAAAAUAUAUCUAAGCUGAGAAUGUGUCCCCAUACCCAAACUUUGAGUAGAAGCAGAGGUACAAUCUCACCAUUCCUGAAUUCUGAUCUUCACCCCACCUCAUUAUCAGUGGUCAUGCCAAGUCUGACUCGUCACCUGGGCUGUGUCAGAUCCUACUUUGCCCAUAUUUCCUUUAAACAGUUCUUAUUUAGGGUGCAUUGCAGUAAUGUUCUGUGCAGCCAUUCCUGGUGUCAGAGAGGAUGAAACACUUUUGGCCAGAUUUUCCAAAGGGCUUAGCACCCAACUGGUCUUUGAGAACAAUGGGAGCUGUGCUUUUGAAAAUCUGUCCCUUUUAAGAACAAACCACCCCAGGGUUGGAACUUGAGUGGCAGUUGUGGGAGAGAGCAGAGAAAGGAUCUCUCUCACCAUGGCUUGCAAAAUGAAAAAGCUAAACAACCUCUGCUUUUAAAAACCUGCUCCAUGCUUUUUCUCCAGAGAGGAAUUUUCCCUCAAUCCCUUAGAGAAGUUUACGCUUUUUAAGGAAGACUCUAAUUUGCCUUUAUUCCCUCUCUGGCCUUCCUAACAUUAGCUUUGCCAGGGCGCUCUUUCUCAGAGUUCCUGCUUCCGGAUUUGCAGUGCAGGAAUCUGGCUUUCAGAUGGGAGUCGGCCAGCAGUGUUCUGCCACUUGUACCAAGGGGUCGCACUCAAAGACCUUUCCUUUGUCCAGAAGGAGCUACCUAACUGCUCUGCUGGCAUUAUGCAUAUUUCCAAAGACAUGUGGAAUGAGUGUGGCUGUGGAUUCUAAACCCAAUAUUUUACUGAUAAUGGCAGAUGAUCUUGGCAUUGGAGACAUAGGUUGCUAUGGUAACAAUACCAUAAGGACCCCUAAUAUUGACCAGCUGGCCAAGGAAGGGGUGAAACUUACUCAGCACAUUGCUGCAGCUCCACUUUGUACUCCAAGCAGAGCGGCUUUCCUGACUGGCAGAUACGCCAUCAGAUCAGGCAUGGCUUCCAGUAAUGGGUAUCGUGCCCUGCAGUGGAAUGCUGGGUCAGGAGGACUCCCUGUAAAUGAAACCACUUUUGCCAAGGUGCUGCGUCAGCAGGGUUACACCACGGGACUUAUAGGGAAGUGGCAUCAGGGUAUGAACUGUGAAGCCCUCAAUGAUCACUGCCACCACCCUUCAAACCAUGGUUUUGAUUAUUUUUACGGCAUGCCUUUUACUCUCCUAAACAACUGUCAGAAAAACAAACCUCCUGAGUUGGAUGCAGCCCUUCAAGCCAAACUCUGGCUUUACACUCAAAUAAUUGCCCUUGCUGUGCUCACAGUUAUCAUUGGAAAGCUUACUGACUUGAUUUCCGCCAGCUGGAAAAUAGUCGCCUUCUUUGCCUUAGCUGGCUCUCUUUUUUUCACUUCCUGGUACUCCAGUUAUGGAUUUGUGCAAUAUUGGAACUGUAUCCUGAUGAGGAACUAUGAUAUUACUGAACAACCUAUGAAGUUGGAAAGGACGUCUGCCCUCAUGCUUAAGGAAGCAGUUUCAUUUAUUGAAAGAAACAAGCAUGGACCAUUCCUCCUCUUCGUUUCCUUUUUACAUGUUCACACACCCCUUUUCACCACGGAGAAAUUUCUUGGAAAGAGCAGACACGGCUUAUAUGGAGACAAUGUAGAAGAAAUGGAUUGGUUGGUGGGCAAAAUUCUUGAUGCUAUUGACAAGGAAGAUUUGAAAAACAACACAUUCACGUAUUUUGCCUCUGACCAUGGAGGACAAUUGGAGGCUCAAGAAGGAAAAACUCAGCUAGGUGGCUGGAAUGGCAUAUAUAAAGGUGGAAAAGGCAUGGGAGGCUGGGAAGGAGGCAUCCGUGUGCCAGGGAUACUUAGAUGGCCAGGAGUCUUUCCUGCUGACACAAUUAUUGAUGAACCUACAAGCCUUAUGGACAUUUAUCCCACAGUGGCUCAUCUGGGUGGAGGGAUAGUGCCCCAGGACAGGGUAGUUGAUGGCCGGAACCUGAUGCCUUUACUACAAGGAAAAGUUCAACAGUCAGAGCAUGAGUUCAUGUUUCACUACUGUGGGUCAUACUUACACGCGGUGCGAUGGCACCAAAAGGACAGUGGGGCACUGUGGAAGGCUCAUUAUGUGACCCCAAUAUUCCAUCCAGAGGGUGCUGGAGCGUGUUAUGGAAGAGGAAUUUGCCCUUGUUUUGGGGAAGGUGUAACCCAUCAUGACCCUCCUUUACUCUUUGAUCUCUCCAGAGACCCUUCCGAGGCCAAACCUCUAUCACCUGGCACUGAGCCCCUGUUUGACACAGUAAUAAGCAGAAUAGAAAGAGCUGUUCAGGAGCAUCGCCAGACACUGACUCCAGUCCCACAACAGCUCUCUUUGUACAACGUUAUGUGGAAGCCCUGGCUGCAGCCGUGCUGUGGGACAUUCCCGUUUUGCUGGUGUGAUAGAGAGGGUGACAGUGCACACCCUGCUCUGUAAAAUAGGUGGUUGUUCAUAAAACCCUGCAACUGUGAAUGCUCUGGUGCAGUCAACUUGUAAUAACAUCAUUUCUGAAAAAUCAUGUUUCUUUUGGGCCAAAUUAUACCUAAAAUAUGCCUCUCUGGGGAGCAAAGAGGCCUUAAGUGAGGACGAGGGGGUUAUGGUAGCGCUUUCUCCCAUUUACUCUCCACUACUAGCUCGGUGCGUAAAGCGCACUCCAUGUACACAUGGAAUAGUACCUGGAGAGACUUGUGCCUUCCAAUAUGUAUUUAGGAGCCUCACUUUAGGCACCCAGGUCUGAAUAUUUUGGCCAUAAGGCAUCCAGGCACAGUGGAUUCUGUGUUACAAUUACUUCCGUUUCCCAGCACAUCACUGCCUCGCAGAGGUAUAACUCCAUUCUCUGUUGGGCGUUUAGCUAUAGAUAAAUAUUUGAAACCGUCAGAGAGAUAUACACAAGAAAAAGUAAAAUUGGCUUAGGAAAGAACCGACUGCAAUUUUUCAACAGCUUUUGAACAAACUACGGCUUUAACUGGAUAACAGUAAAGUUAAAUAAUCAUGCACGCCAGAAAGCAGAAUGUUGCUCUUUAAGAUUUUUUUUUUUAUUGUCAUUUGCACAAUCAUUACUAAAAGUAGCUUUUGGUUGGUGAGCAAAGGGUCCUGUUCUAGAUUGUAACUGGCAGUUUUACUGAUAAAUGACACUAAUAAAAAUGUAUAAAAUAAAUAAACUUACUUUAUAUGUUUACGGUCAUCUUGGGUAAAGAAGUAUGGUGAUCAUUGGUGGGAUUUACCACUUCAGUUAAUGAACAAGAAAAAAAAUCAUAGUUUGGAGAAAUCUACGUAAUGUAAUAUAAUAAGCAAAUAUCUAAGUGAAUGAGGUGCUGUUCAGUAAAGGAUUCAGCAAUA